AUCGAAUUGCGGCUUCGAAUGUUUCAUACGAUCGACAACCAGCUUUGUUGCCGUACACUAACUAACCAGGCCUAAGCAUGUUCCAAUACAUUGCGAUAGCGUGUUUACUCGGAGUUGCAGCGGCGGCACCAUCGGCGACUCCAACAGCAGCAGCUUAUGUGGCGGCAGUCGACAGCGUUUCGGUACCGCACUACGGUUUCAACUACGCUGUCAACGACCCCCACACCGGCGACAACAAGGCACAGACAGAGUCUCGCGACGGAGACGUUGUGAAAGGCUCAUAUUCGCUCACGGAGCCUGACGGCACCAUCAGAGUAGUGGACUACACUGCAGACUCCGUUACUGGAUUCAACGCUAACGUGAAACGGCUCGGGCCGGCUGCACACCCGCAGACGCUUAUAACGAAACAGGCGAUCGUCGCGCCGGUUGUAACUCACGCUGUCGCUUCUGUGGCACACGUCCCAACUAGUCUCAUAUCUGUGGGAAUAGGCCACGGACACGGCGGCCACCAUUACGCAGGUCUAGGUCAUAUUGGCCACGGACACGGCGGCCACGAUUACGCAGGUCUAGGUCACAUUGGCCACUAUGGGAUAGGCCAUGUUGGACACGCAGAUCUUGCUCAUAUCGGUCAUGGACAUAUCGGCCACCUCGGCUUAGGGCAUGUAGACCUCGGUUACGCUGGAAUCGGUCAUCACGCCCACGUAGGUCUCGACCACAUUGGCCACAUUGGUCUCGGUCAUGGAGGUCUCGACCACAUUGGCCACAUUGGCCUUAGUCAUGGAGGUCUCGACCACAUUAGCCACAUUGGCCUCAGUCAUGCAGGUCUUGACCACAUCGGUCAUGGUCUCAGUUUGAAGCAUUAG